AUGGAGGGCAAAGUCUUCGUCUUCCCCCAUGAAGCCAACACAUCUCAUGUCAUUCUAAGACCUACAAUCACAAAGCCAUUGCAGAAAGUCAGCGUCUGUCUAUGCUCCUAUUCGGAUCUUUCACGCUCCUAUACGGUCUUCUCUCUUGCUACUCCCGGGAAGGAAAAGGCCUUUCUGAUCAGCAUUCAGCCUCCAGACACUUGUUCUGUAUAUAUCAACCUGGAAGUCACUAGCUUUAAGACAGAGUCGGAGUCUUUGAGACACAUCUGUGUGACCUGGGACUCCGACACUGGAGAGGUCCAACUUUGGGUCGAUGAGAAGCUCUACCCAGAAGGAGUCUCCAGUAAAGGCUCUUCUAUCGCAGCUGAAACCAGCAUUGUUCUGGGGCAGGACCAAGAUUCUUUUGGCGGAGGGUUUGAUGCUAAGCAGUCAUUAGUUGGUGAAAUAAGUGACGUCCACAUGUGGGAUUAUGUCCUGACUCAGGAAGACAUCCAGAAGGUCCUCUCUGGUGAUCUCCAUGGGAAUAUCAUUAAUUGGAAGUCUUUACGUUGUGAAAUGAAAGGGGAAGUUCUCGUCAAGCCCAAACCUCAACGUAAGUCUGUCAUCUUACUAUAUACACCUUGUUCAUGA